UAAACACGGAACCGCCGACAUUUAGCUUACAUGCUUGUUGACGCGGAAUAAUCUUCCCUGAUUUAAAAAAGACCUAAAAACGUUUUAAUUUCCUUGAAUGUUGUGUUUCUGCGUGUUUGUGUUUAAUGCGCGCCUGUUCUUUCCUCCACUGCCGUAAAGCAGGGCGCCGUGCAGUCAGUGUUGUGAUCAGCUGAGCCUCCAUCAGGAUGUGGAGCCUAAAUCUGACUUAUUUUACCUUUUUACUUCUUAUCCUGGGACAUUUCCACGCGUUUGCCCUUCAGGAUGUGACGGUCGAGCUGUUCGGAGCCUCGAACUACGGGACGGUGGCGGCGUUUGGAGACUUUAACGCGGAUAAACAGACAGACAUCUUCAUCAUCAGAGAGCAGUCUGAGAUUGUGAUUUUCUUGGCCGACUCGAAAGCACCGUAUUUCAAACCCAAGGUGAACAUCACGAAGAGCGUUCUGCCGAGCAAUGCCGUUAUCACCAGCGUCGUCCCCGGAGACUACGACGGAGACUCCCAGAUGGACGUCCUCCUCACAUCCCAGAGCGACGCCGACAAAGUGGAGGUCUUCAUCUUCUGGGGCGACAACCAGACUCUGGAUCUGGGUGGUUGGAUCAAGCUGAACAAGACGUUCACAGACCAGCCUCUGGUCAUGGACUUUAACGGCGACAUGAUCCCUGACAUCUUCGGCGCCACCAGCCCGCCCGACACCGAAGUCUGCUCCCUCAUCAAGAGGACUCCGCAGUGGCAGAAAGCUCUGAGCGCUCCUGUUAACAUGCGCGUCCCUCACUCCAACGCGUUCAUCGACCUCAACAAGGACUUCACUGCUGAUUUGUUCCUCACCACUGUUGGCUCCAAGUUCGAGACCUGGCUCAACAAGGAUGGGAACUUCACCAAAGCCGGACCCCCAGUCGAGCCCCCGGCCCACACUGUGGGACAGUCUGCCUUUGUGGACUUUGAUGGUGAUGGACUCCAGGACCACCUCCUCCCCGCCUGUCUGGAUGAUGAGUGUCAGCGCAGCUCCAUCUACCUGGCCAAGCCGGGUUCACCGGAGUGGGUUCAGGUCCUGGUGGACUUCCAGUGGAGGGGGACGAUGUGGAGCUUCUCACGGGGGCCCCCCGGCUCCUCCCCUCUGGUCCUGCACCUGGGGGACUACAACCUGGACGGCUUCCCCGACGCCCUGGCGGUGCUCCACAACACCAGCGGCAGUAACCAGCAGGCCUUCCUGUUGGAGAACGUUCCCUGCAACAUCCCCAGCUGCCACAGUGUGGGCCGGAUGUUCCACAUCCACUGGGACCAACCCGACCUGGGAGCCAUCCAGAAGGCCGUCAUCGCCACCUUCUUCGACAUCUACGAGGACGGUAUAUUAGACAUGCUGGUUCUCAGCCAGGCGGAGGGCAGAGACGACUUGAUCAUCCACGCUUUGAAGAACAAUUUUGAAGCCGACGCCUACUUUGUUAAAGUGAUGGUGCUCAGCGGCCUCUGCUCCAACGACUGCCCCGACAACGUCAAGCCCUUCGGUGUGAACCAGCCCGGUCCUUAUGUCAUGUACACCACAGUGGACUCCAACGGCUACCUCAAAAACGCCUCAGCUGGCCAGCUGAGUCAGUCAGCUCACCUGUCCCUCCAGCUGCCCUACACCGUCCUGGGUCUGGGCCGCAGCGCUAACUUCCUGGACCACCUGUUUGUGGGCAUCCCGCGGCAGCCUGGAGACUCGGAUAUCAGGAAGCAGGAGUGGACCGCCAUCAUUCCCAACUCCCAGCUCAUCGUCAUCCCGUUUCCUCACGACAACCCCCGCAGCUGGAGCGCUAAGUUGUACCUCACUCCCAGCAACAGCGUCCUGCUGACGGCCAUCGCACUCAUCGGAGUGUGUGUUUUCAUCCUCGUCAUUAUUGGCAUCCUUCACUGGCAGGAGAAGAAAGCCGACGACAGAGAGAAGAGGCAGGAAGCUCAUCGCUUCCACUUCGACGCCAUGUGAAGGAAGAGAAAUGCAUCAUGGGAGAGAACCCCCUGCUUCUCCUGCUCCUCCCAGCUCCUCCCUGUACCCCCCCCCCCCCCCCCCCCCCCAUUCAUGCCCUCCUCUAAACGGGCCUCAUUCGCCCCAAAUCGUUUCUUUUGAUAUUUUUUUCUGUCCUGGAGUCAGAAGUGAAAUAUUGAUGUGGUGUUUGAUUUAUUCAUGGAGGUGUUGGAAGAACAGACGUGGAACAAGGCCGUGGAGACGCUCUGCCCGGUCCUGCUGGGACCGCUGGACUUUUCUGUCUCGUCCACAUUUCAACUGAACGGGUCCAAUGAUGAGUCCCACACUGUCUCUCUCGGUCUUUCUGUCCUCUCGGUCUUUCUGUCCCCUGGUAGCCACACCCCCUCAGAUCAGCUGUGAUGUCCCCUCCUCUCUGCUGGUUGGACCACUGUGGACAGCAGGAAUCCUACUGAUUCGUCCAACCUAACUUGAUGUCUCCACACUCUGGUGUCUGUUAACCGCCGUCCUCUUCAGGCCUUUCAUGAUGUUUGCACUUUUUUUUUAAUGAAUGAUUAACUGAGUGAGUGUAACUUAUUGGAUUUUCUUCAUCUGACUUUCAAAUGAAUGUUGAAGCUGCUCCAUGUUUCUGUAACGAGGUUGAUAAUAAAGCUUCUUCUGCUUCA